AUGACAGCUCCCAACAAGUCGGAACUGGAGAGUUGGCUAUUUGAGGAUGGUGAAGAUACUCAAGAUGGAAAUGGCAUUUCGCCUGACGAAUCUAGGCGGUGGCUUCUAGACGUAUUUCCGGAAGAAUCCCUACGCCUUCCACGAGCAGCGGACCAACACCCAACAUUGAACUUCGAAAAUCCGUAUCUUGAUGGUAUCGUAAAACGGCAUCCAACUCUUCGCAAAAGUUCGUACUCCCAGGAUCCGGAGGGCGUCAACGGUUAUAUAAAGUUUCGUUUGCAAGCAGCCGACUUUGAUAAUGAUACAGGACCUGCUUCUCGUCGGUUUCAACAGCCGACACUAGGAAAACAUCAUCGAUCUCCUCUGUUAGCUCCGCCCGAUUCGGUGCCAAAGCUUCCACUUGGGUUUGGAAAAGGGUUGAAACUCGAUAAGAUGGACAGCAAGUUGCUUACUUUCUACACAGUGGCAUUCUGUGGAGGUCGGACUCUCCUACCCAAGACCAACUUCUGGCUCAACGAUUACGCCGCCAUGGCCGCUGACAAUGAAUGUGUCAAACACGCUUUGUUGUCUCUAGCAGCAUCCUACGUUUUGGACUACAUACCAAGCGAAGUUUUGCUUGAGAGAGCAAAUCGUCACUACACAAGAGCGGUGAAGCUCUUGACAGACGCUCUUCGCGACCCUCAUCAGCAAGCUUCGGGACAUGACGAUAGUCUUGUCUGCUCGCUAGUCUUGCUCACCAUUGACGAUUUGGUAAAUUGGGAGCUCCGAAGAUCGAAGGCUCACAAAGCAAGAUGGCAAAGUGGUGCCGAAAUCGCUAAGAAGAUCCUCGACAACUCCGAUCCUGGCCACCGAUAUUGGAAGAAUGAGAACGUGCAAUGUAGCUCUGCUAGAACUGCCAAUGCCAAUUGGGUGGCCUUCGUCGGAAUCCUGGCUCAACCAGUAGCACCAUUGAAGUUCGAGGACACCGACAGGCUUUACGCCUGGCUCCUUGGAGGUACUGAGAUGCAUGCGAGAAAAAUAUACGGCGGAACUGGGCUAUCACCGAAGCUUCUGCACAUGUUCGCGCAGAUAACGCAUCUGUGUGCUCGUAUGGACAAAACACCCGACUCACGAAUCAUCCCCCAUGGGGCUGCGAAGGUCCAAGCACGGCUCGAGAAACUGCAGCAAUGGUCAGACCUAUCUAUCGGGUUUCCAUCGUGCACUGCACUAUUGAACGCUUGUGAUCUUGACAAAGAUGGAAAGGUCGAAAGCGAGAUCAGAGUCACUGAGCUUACGGGCGAAACGUGGAGGGUAGCUGCGCAAAUAUACUUGCACUGCAGAUUUUACCGACGUCCAAGAAAUCACCCGAUCGUUAAAGAGCGUCUGAACGCCCUUUUGGGCUGUAUCAAACGGAUGCCAUAUACAGGCCCUCUAUUUACGUCACAAGCCCCGUUCUUCCCAGUCGUCAUUAUGGCAUUGAUAUCGACAGAAGAGAGUGAGCGUAAGAUCGCACACGAAUGGUUCACAACUGUUGUAGCACAAGGCAACUGCCGGUCGAGCGUACCACCAGUAUGGCAUGCCGUACAAUACAUGUGGGGCUGGAUGGACAGCCAUUCAUUAGAUGACGGCUUUGUGGAGGAUAAACCGAUUGGUCAACAGGUAGGCUGGUGGGAGAAGAUGGUCACGCAAUUGGUGGAACAGACAGGUGUGAUCAGCUUGGUUUAG